GCACAGCCCUCUCGAUUGUCAUUUAAAUGAACCGCUCACAAAGACAUAUGUGUGCAUACACAGCUGGAAUGGAUUCCCCGAUAACAUAUGUUAACUCUCCUGCUCCUUCUGAUGCAAGUACAAUCCUCGACUUUAAGCGCGACGUGAUGACACACACGAAGAUCACUGUGCGGGGGGAUAGUACUACUUGCUAUACGGUCGAGACAUUUAAAGCGGGAGUUGGUGGUGUAAAAACUGUGGUUCGCCAGAGUAACAGGACAUUAGCUGCUAUAGAACGGAGGGACAUAUUGCCAGACCAGGUAACGCUGCGCGACGGCGAUGCGCCCAUCAAUUUGAACAAGUGGCUGAAGUCACCUGUGUUUUCAAUGUUUCCGAUCACUUUUGAAGAGGCAGGGAAAAAGUAUAGUUGGACACGGAGUUCGAAAGGCCAGCUAUCGUUAUAUGAAAAAGGAAGUGAACAUAAGAGUGCUGGAUGUAUCGCGUGGUUCCAACCUUCCCGUCUAUCGCUAGAGGGCAAGGACUUGGACACAGUUUCGCACUGUGCCUACCUUGCACUCAAAGAAGAAGCUGAUCAAAUCCGUGAUGUAGUGGUGGUGACGUGCCUGCUGGUAGAACAGAAGGCAAGGAUGAAGGAUAAAGCAAAGGGAACGAAGGCUAUUAACGGGGGCUUUGGGAUGAUAGAG